AUGAAGGGUCAUGUGGAAAAGGUCAUACUUCAAGGGCUUAGCAUGCCAAAGGAAAUGCUUCUGCACCUUCCUCACCGCGAGUUGCAUGUCAAGAUAUUCUCCUCUGGUAUUGAAAGGAGUAUGUCUUUCAACUUCGGGAUGUCUUUCUCUGCAAGAAUUACUGAAAAAGAACCCCAGUCCAAAACCUCGAAAAAAGGAGGCACGAAAUUAUCUGAUAUGAUCACCGGUAUGCAUUCGUAGAAAAUUGAUUCAACAACACGGGGGCUAUUAACUUCAUAACCCUUGGGACAGAUGCA